AACACACAUUGAAUUAUGUGGUCUCACAUCAUGUUUCUCUUCCAUGUAGAACAAAGUGGAGUCUCCCUGCUGCAGCUGAUUGGGGAUCCUCCACCAGAUGAAAUCACUCAAAUCUAUGGUCCCAACAAUAUUCCAGGCUACGUAUUUGGUCCUGAUGCCAACACAGGACAGUUGGCCCGCACCCACCUGCCCAGCCCCUUCUAUCGAGACUUUGCACUCAUCUUCCACCUGAAACCAACCACUGACAAGGGUGGCAUCAUUUUCUCUAUCACAAAUGCCGAACAGAGAAUCAUGUAUGUGGGUGUUAAACUGUCAGACGUUCAGGGUGGCAACCAGAAUGUCAUCCUAUACUACACAAAACCUGACUCGCAGCAGUCUUCUGAGGCAGCCAGGUUCCUCGUGCCCUCCAUGAGGGACACAUGGACUCGUUUUGCCAUUGCUGUGAAGGAUGACAAGGUGAUGUUCUACCUCAACUGUGAUGCAGACGCUCAGGUGAUGCGACUAGAGCGGAACCCGGAUGAGAUGGACCUAGAGCCCGAUGCUGGGGUCUUUGUUGGGCAAGCUGGGGGCGCUGAUCCUGAUAAAUUCCUGGGGGAGAUUGGCGAGCUCAGGGUGGUGAGAGACCCCCUCGCUGCUGAGAGACACUGUGAAGAAGAUGAAGAUGACUCAGAUAUAGCUUCAGGGGAAGGAAGCGGCUACAGAGAAAUAACACCUGCAAAACCUGCUGUGGAGAAACAUGAAUGGACGACUACUCUUCCAUCCUCUGGACCCAUUCCCCAGCCACCAGUGAUCAAGACAGAAGAAGUGCCAGUCAUCAAAGACACAGCAACUAGCUCUCGGACAGGUUCACUUUCUGUGGAGCUCCCAUCUAUAGGUUCUGGUCAACCAGGAUCAGUCGGGCCUAAAGGAGAGAAAGGUGACCGAGGAGAAAGGGGAGAGAAAGGAGAUGCAGGACCUGUUGGGCCCAAGGGAGACCCAGGCUCCAUCUUCAGUUCAGGAGGUGGAGUUCGCGGAGAGAAGGGAGAUAUAGGAGAAAAAGGAGCAAAGGGCAGUGCAGGAUUUGGAUAUCCAGGAAAAAAGGGAGAGCCUGGACCUCCCGGUCCUCCAGGACCUCCUGGUCUACCAGGGCCUGUACCCGGGUUUUCACGAGGCAGUGAUGGAUCAGCAAUCCAGAAUGUCCCCACAGCCCGAGGACCACCCGGAGUACCAGGUACCCCAGGCCCACAGGGACCACCAGGAGCUGAUGGAGAGCCGGGUGAUCCUGGUGAGGACGGCGUCAUGGGUGCUGAAGGGCAUCCAGGCUUCCCAGGAAACCCCGGAGAUCCUGGACCUAAAGGAGAAAAGGGAGACCGUGGAGAAGGCCCCCCUGGGCCCAGAGGUCCCCCAGGCCCUCCUGGACGUCCAAGAGAAGGAUUCAGAUCUACCUUCAUAGACAUGGAAGGUUCAGGAUUUCCUGAUCUGGAAUCAAUUCGGGGAUUGCCAGGGCUACCAGGUCCCCCUGGUCCUCCUGGCCCUCCUGGGCCUUCUUCAGCAGGUACAUCAUUGAGCUCUGGGGCAUUUGGACCACCAGGAAAAGAUGGAACACCUGGUCAACCGGGCUUGCCUGGUUUGCCAGGUAGUGAUGGCCUCCCAGGAGCUCCUGGUCCUAAAGGAGAGAAGGGUGAUUCAGGUGAGCUUGGUCUCCCAGGAGCAGUUGGAGAAAAGGGAUCUCCAGGACUGCCUGGUCCACCAGGUAUUCCAGGACAGCCUGGACUUGCUGGACUGCCUGGACCGAUAGGACCCAUUGGGCUUCCCGGGCCCCCCGGACCUCGUUAUCAUGUUGGAAUGGAUGACAUGGAGGGCUCUGGUGCAGUUUUCUCCAGUGGACUUCCCGGUAUCAGAGGACCAGAAGGAAGACAGGGUCCUGCUGGGUUGCCAGGACUUCCAGGUCAACCUGGAUUGCCUGGAAUCCCAGGUCAGAAAGGGGAUGAAGGCUCUCCUGGAAGAGAUGGGCAACCAGGGUUAGAUGGCUUCCCUGGACCUCAGGGACCAAAGGGUGACAGCGGUGACCGAGGAGAGCGGGGAGAACCAGGCCGAGAUGGAACUGGACCACCAGGACCACCUGGACCUCCAGGAAACAUCCCAUAUGAAGUAUCUAACAAUGGGGGGCCUGGUUUACCUGGUCGAGCUGGAUUCCCUGGUCCUAUUGGACCGAAAGGUGACACAGGAGAGCCAGGUCUGCCAGGGUUCGGAGUGAAGGGUGAAAAGGGUGAACCAGGCUUCAUAAUUGGACCUGAUGGGAAUCCUCUGUAUUUGACAGACCUAAGUGGUGUAAAGGGAGACAGAGGACCCGUGGGACCUGUUGGACCUCCUGGCCCCUUUGGACCUCCUGGAUUUAAGGGUGAAAUUGGAAUGCCUGGAAGACCUGGCCGCCCUGGCAUCAAUGGAUACAAGGGUGAGAAAGGAGAACCAGGAAGUGGUGCUGGAUACGGCUACCCAGGAGUUCCUGGCCCACCUGGACCACCUGGUCCGCCUGGACCCCCUGGACCAAACAUUCCCCUUGAACGUUUCAAUCGCUAUGAUGAAACUGCAAGGAACUACCCAGCAAUUAAAGGUGAAAAAGGGGAGCGUGGUGAGAGAGGACUACCGGGGACAUCAGGAGCAGCUUCGAAUUUUGAUAUUUAUACAUUCAAGAAUGAACUAAAAGGAGAGCAGGGAGACCCAGGUGUGAAGGGUGAAAAGGGAGAGCCUGGUAUUGGAUAUUUUGACCCACGUGUUGGAGGUGCACAAGGACCAACAGGGGCUCCUGGCAAACCAGGUCUACCAGGUCCAAAGGGAGAUUCCAUACAGGGCCCUCCUGGACCACAGGGACCACCAGGGUCACCUGGGCUUGGUUAUGAUGGUCGUCCUGGGCCUCCUGGACCCCCAGGACCCCCAGGACCCUCAUUUCCAGGACCAUACAGGCCCCAUCACCCUAUCAGUGUCCCUGGACCCCCAGGUCCUCCAGGACCACCUGGACCUCCUGGACAUUUCUUUGGGGUCACAGUUCUGAGGUCAUAUGACACAAUGAUUGCUACUUCUAGACGGCAAGCAGAAGGCAGCCUCAUCUACAUCAUAGACAGAGCAGAUCUUUACUUAAGAGUCCGGGAUGGACUGCGACAAGUUAUGCUUGGAGACUACAAUCCCUUUUUCAGAGAUCUGGGCAACGAAGUGGCGGAGGCUAACCCUCCACCUGUGAUUCAUUACCCACAGUCCCAGGACCAGUCCCUCAACAAUGGAGCUGGCCAUUACUCCCAAAGUAGUGCUUCUAUGCAACCUGUGGAACCUCCACCACAAUCACCUGUAACUCCAUCGAAGCCUGGACCACCUCAUGAAGAGCCGAGAUAUCCCCCUCGGUAUGGACCUUGGUUCCCAGAUCCUCGAAAUCCAAGUGAGACAGAUGGAAGGUUAGCCACCCGACAGACUGAGAACAAACACUUCAUCUCUUCACCACAACAACCUGGGAAACCUGCACUACAGCCAGCUGUGCAUCUGGACCCAUCGGGACCAGCACUGCAUCUCAUUGCCUUGAAUGCACCUCAGAGUGGUAACAUACAAGGGAUUCGAGGAGCAGACUUCCUGUGCUUCCAGCAGGCCCGAGCAGUGGGCCUGAAAGGGACAUUCAGAGCUUUUCUGUCCUCCAAGCUCCAAGACCUCUACACUAUCGUCCGCAGGUCAGACAGGGACAGCAUCCCAGUAGUCAACCUCAAGCACCAAGUGUUAUUCAGCAGCUGGGAAUCCAUCUUCACUGAGAAUGGACAUAAAAUGAGUGACGAUGUUUCAAUCUACUCAUUUGAUGGUCGAGAUGUCCUCAAGGACAGUGCAUGGCCAGAGAAAAUGAUCUGGCACGGCUCAAGCAGCAAAGGCCAUCGGCAACCCGACAGCUACUGUGAAACAUGGCGAGUAGGCGACCGCGCUGUGACUGGUCUUGCAUCAUCACUACAGAGUGGCCGCCUCCUGCAGGAAAUCUCGAGUAGCUGCUCCAAGUCUUAUAUAGUUCUCUGCAUCGAGAACGCCCAUGUAACAUUCUCUAAAAAAUAAAUCACAUUCUCUGUGCUUUUGCUAUUUUGGGCAAUAGUUAAACAUCAUGUUAAAGUCCAACCAAAUGUACUUUAUUGUGUGAUAGAACUUGUGAAAGCAUAACAUCCAGUGAACUCCCCCUGUGGCUCUUUGCCUGGCAGAGACAUUUUACAUUGUGUGUUCCUCCCCUCCAUAAAUGCCAAAGAGUUGGGUCAAACAGGGGUGUUGGUCCUCAUUCUCCAGGGCAUUGGCACAUAAUUACUUUGAGGGGUGGAGAAAGAACGGAGAGCAGAAAUAGUCUCCAAUUAUAUCCUUUUUUUAUUUUGUAUAUUAUGUUUUGUUUUUCUUGGGGCUAUUUUGUUUAUUUUAUGACAACAUCAAUGCUUCAUUUUGUGAACAUUUAAAAAAAAAUCUGUAUCCAUAAUGUUUUUGUUCAGUUUAGGUAUUGAGUUUCAGUUUGUUUUCCAGUUUCUUUUAAGAAUGGUUUUAUUCUGAAUGAACCAUGGGGUCCAGUCAAUGUUUCGACUUAAAUUUGAAUAGUUACAUAUUUAUUGUUCAAUGAAGUUAUGCAAGGACAAAGUUUGAUUUGGACAAGUAAAAGAAAUGCAGAAAUCCCUCAUGGAUACUGAGCACACACCAGAAUCUCAAUUUCUGAUUAGAACCUGUAACACUAUUAUUUUGCAAAAUAAGCACAUGAUAGUAAUAAACACUUUUUUAUGUAUUUUUCUAAAUUUAUGUAAUGUUACAGUGGGUACGUUUUUUGCGCCAGACUGUGAAUCAACAGCAUAUUUCACAUCAUACUCAAUAUUGUUAUAAACCUUGUUGGAGUGUAGUCCAUGGUUUCUGGGAAAUACCAGAUUUCCAAAUAUGGAAUGUAUCACUAUUUGUAACAGAGGACAUUUGAUUUAUGGGUGGGCCAAAAAAAAAAAAAAAAAAUGCACAGAGCGUAUUCAGCA